AGAAAACAAAAGAGAACACGCAGUCGUCCUCGCGAUUUGGUAUGCUCUUGCAGGUAUAAAAAUAGGAAUCACUGCGAUCGCUGCGACGUGAACGGCUUUCUGGCAUUUCACUGCAAUCUUGUUUAGAUGUUUAAAGGGACGUGGUCGGUUUUUAAAAGUAGGACUUAUCCGGAUAGGAAGUCGCUCAGCUUCGAGUAAUUGAAAUAUGUUAGCUUUUAGCUAACAAGCUACCUCACGCUAAGCUAAAAAAGCUCAUAUUUGACUAAAACCCCGCAUUGUGUGUCGCUGUGAGCUGGUUUGCUCCCAGUUUACAACAUAGUGGCCCAUUCUUGCCCCUGGAGGCGAGCUAGCGGCAGUUAACUAACGUGCUGCUUCGUGGCCUAGCGUUAAUGCGCAAGUCAGUGCUUUGCUAUUAUGUAAACAGCAAUUGUGCAGUAUCUUUUAAUAUACUGGUCCAUAUUUUUUAGCUAACAUACUUGCACAUGGCGGUAAAGUCAGUUAACUAAUUGCACAAUAUCACUAACCUCGCGUGUUCAUUUACCUUCUUGCUAGUUAGCGAGCGAGCUAGCUGUAGCUAUUUACCGUUUGUUAUGUGUAGUUUGAUAGCUAACGUUACCUAUUUAGGUUAAGCUAGGCUAAUGAGUGAGCGACAACGAGAGGAACAUCGUCUAAUUUUAGCUAGAGUGUUAUAGGAAUGCCCAAGGAAAAAUAUGACCCGCCGGAUCCCAGGCGGAUGUACACAAUUAUGUCAACCGAGGAGUCAACCAACGGGAAAAAGUCAUACUGGGCUGAGCUGGAAAUCAGCGGCCGUGUAAGGAGUCUCAGCACAGCGCUGUGGUCUCUGACCCAUCUUACUGCCCUGCACAUUAGUGAUAACUCACUGUCACGCAUCCCGCCAGACAUUGCCAAACUACACAACCUGGUGUACCUGGAUCUCUCAUCCAAUAAGAUCAGGAGCCUGCCGUCAGAGCUCGGCAACAUGGUAUCUCUCAGGGAACUGCUUUUAAAUAACAACCAGUUGCGAGUUCUGCCAUUUGAAUUGGGGAAACUGUUUCAGUUACAAACACUGGGGUUGAAAGGAAACCCACUUGCACAAGAAAUUAUGAGCCUCUACCAGGAACCUGAUGGCACGCGGAGACUGCUCAACUACUUGUUAGACAAUCUGGCUGGGGCUAUCAAGCGCAGUGAGUCCAUCCUCUGUGGCAGUUCUGAGACCGGACCAGGAAUAGCAUAUUUCCCAACAGAGCUGCCCCCAGCCCGGUCAUGGAUCUCACUCCAGGAACCAGACCGAACACGGGCCUCAGCACUGUUCUCUGUGAUGUGCUACAAUGUGCUGUGUGAUAAGUAUGCCACACGUCAGCUAUAUGGCUACUGCCCCUCUUGGGCUCUUAACUGGGAGUACAGGAAGAAAUCCAUCAUGCAGGAGAUAAUGGGCUGCAAUGCAGACAUUAUCAGUUUGCAGGAAGUUGAGACAGAGCAGUACUACAAUUACUUCUUGCCUGAGCUGAAGGAGCAGGGGUACGAGGGGUUCUUCAGUCCAAAGUCACGCGCCAGGACUAUGUCAGAGUCGGACCGUAAACACGUGGAUGGUUGUGCGAUUUUCUACAAAACGGAAAAAUUCAGCGCAGUGCAGAAGCACACAGUGGAGUUCAACCAGCUGGCCAUGGCUAACUCCGAGGGCUCAGAGGCUAUGCUGAACAGGGUGAUGACCAAGGACAACAUCGGUGUAGCUACGCUUCUUGAGGUCCGCAAAGAGAUGAUGGAGGCCUCCUCUGGAAAGUCACUCCAUGGCAUGGAGAAGCAGCUGCUGCUGGUGGCCAAUGCCCACAUGCACUGGGACCCAGAGUACUCUGACGUCAAGCUGGUCCAGACCAUGAUGUUCCUGUCAGAGGUGAAGAACAUCGUCGACAAGGCCACACGCAGCCUCAAGUUGUCCUCUGUCUCUGGUGAGAUCAAUGCCAUUCCACUGGUGCUGUGCGCUGACCUCAACUCUUUGCCUGACUCUGGUGUAGUGGAGUACCUAAGUACUGGUGGGGUGGACUGCACCCACAAGGACUUCAAGGAGCUUCGUUAUAGCGACAGCCUGACCAAAUUCAACUGCAAUGGCAAGAGCAGCACGUCCAACGGCAGGAUCACCCACGGCUUCAAGCUGAAGACCGCUUAUGAGAACGGCCUGAUGCCUUACACCAACUACACCUUCGACUUCAAGGGUGUCAUCGACUAUAUUUUCUACUCCAAGCCUCACCUGAACGUGCUGGGUAUCUUGGGCCCCCUGGACCCCCACUGGCUCGUAGAGAACAAUGUCAGCGGCUGCCCACAUCCCCACAUCCCCUCCGACCACUUCUCCCUCUUCGGCCAGCUGGAGCUUCUCCUGCCCAAUUUGCCCCCCCAGGUCAAUGGGCUCCAUCUGCCUGCACGCAGGUAGUGAGUCCCUGCCACAUCACCAGGGGGAGCUGCAACCACAGCCUCUCCUAUUCAGACCCUCCUCCCUCCCACUACCAGCUCUUCCCUCCACCAUACCGGAGGAGGAAGACAAAUACACAACCUGUAAAAUAUUCGUACAGUGAGUUCUGGCCGACAGGGAUUUCGUAUAAUGUUAUAGAUAAUCUAUAUUUUUCUUUCUCCGUUUUUCUUUUUUGUUGUUUUUUUAACUGCUUGAUUCAGUCCUGUUCGUGUAUCAUAUUUUGUGUUUUGGACUCCCUCUCCUCCUCAAAUCCACCUACCUACCCACCCACUUUUCACAGUCUUUCAAACUAUAGGGGAUGGUAGCUCAUUCAGAUUUGUUACACGGGGCACCGUUUGGUUUUAGAGCAAGGGGAAACUGAGAAGUGGCUGAGGGGACGACAUUCACCUGAAAAGCUCACUAGCUGAUGGUCUGCCUGUCUGUCCUGUAUAAAUCUGAAACCAGCAACGGCAGCAGACUUGUCAGUCUCGGACCUCCAUCAUUGGCUUGUGCUUGUAUUCCUCCUGCACUCUGGGCAGCCAGCAUACCUUCUCAGUCUCUUUUAGGAUUUACUCAUUAGUUGGAUGUUGUUGGGUCGGCUCAGCCUUUUAGCUGGUAGUUCAGUAGCCCCGCAGAUGGAUGUAUGAGGUGAGAUUUCCUGCUGUCGUUCUGUGGUGCUGAGGCCUUUUGUGUGGUCACGGCCUCCCCGUGGUGCUACAAGAUAGUCUACACCUCUGACCCGGCCCUGGUGCAUUAGCUACCAAUCCCACAGAUGCCUCGAGAAUCAGAUGUCCCGAAAACUACAUUUGCCCUGUGUCACUUGGGCUGCAUGCAGUUUUAAUUUGUGAAAGAAGGAUGUGGUGAUAAACUGAGGGCAGCUACCAUCUUGUUUGCAGACUGUUUAACCCCAGCUUGUAUAGUUGUGAGGCUAGGCCUGUGCUUAGGCGCUUAUGUGGCCCACGUACCCCCAUUUUUGGUCAAGGGAUUUAGGCUGAUGGGCAAAGCGAUAAGGGGCUUUCACAAAUCUUUUCUUUGUCUCGAUUGCUUUUAGGCGGAGAGAGUGUGUAAUGGCUAAUACACAGGAGUAAAAACCAGCAUUCCUCUCACUGUCUGGAGUUGCCAUUCAACUCCACACAUGCAAGCUUACAGACACACUUGCAAACACACAACUCAACACACAACACAGGUAAUUUGCAGGCAGAUCUGUAGCACUGUCUCUGAGGCCAGUAGUGACUUUCCCCAGCCAUAAAUUCCAUACACGAAAGCCGUGGUUUUUUCCACAAGUGUUUGUACAGAAUAGAAAUCUAGACUCAGUCUUUACAUGAUUGUAUAUGAACCACAAAAGACCUGUUUUCUGGCGUUUUUUUGUACUAAGAGUAAAUUAUGAUCAGAUUUGAAAAAAAGAUUGUAUUGUAAACUAUGGCUAAAUUUUUAUCCAGUUAAUGUUGAGAUGAAUUGAUAUUACCAGCUUGUACAAAAGACGUAAGAAGAGGUUGUUCAAGGCGUUCACUGUCACAACUUUGCACUCCCUAGCUAUUAUUAACUGUAAUUAAUGCAUCGAUAUUGUUUCUUUUUCUUUUCUUUUUCCUGACCCCCUGCUGUUGAUUUAAUAUGCCGGCCUAUUGCUGCAAUUGUAAAUAGACCACAGAGUAGUCUGCCUGUUGCUUCUUGCCCAUUAACAAAGCCAUUGAUCCACACUGCUGCCAUCAGUUCAGACAAAAAGACACGCAAGGACGAGUCACAGCCCACCAGUGACUCCACAUCUGUUCAUCUCUAUAUCUCACACACUCCCACUAGUGACGUGUGACUGAUACAACUUAUAUUAAUCCCACAUGUACAAGAAAACAUCGUGCCUCACUGUAGCAGUUGUCGUUGUCUUGCACUAUUUACAUUUGACGAACGCCUGAACAACCUUUUCUCCUUUUAUUUUUAAAUACUGUUGAGACAUUUGUGAAGAUUUUAUGUCCUUUUAUUGUUUUUGUUAAUUGUUUUCCUUUUUUAUGAGCUGUGACAAUGUUAUGAUGAUGUUUAUAUUCUUCCUAUUCAUUGAGCUCUCUAGUAAUCAGGUAUGCUUUCUCCACCCACCCCUUUCUCCCUUACGGAACACGAGUAGGAUGUGUAAUCUUUGUUAGAUCCACUCUGAUUGUUUGCUCCCUCUUUGUACCUUAGCACAGCUCCGUGCCCAGAACCCCAGAAUAUUGAGUCCUUUGCUCCUUCCAUGGCCAUGAAUUCUAAAUCUCCUAUACCUGUCCAUCACCCUAUACCCGCCCCUCAACUGCCCAACCUCAGACCUCCCCUCCCCCAUAUUACUCAAGCUGUGUCUUUUUAAAACCCUUUGCUCAACCACUCUGUAUAGUUCUCUUACCCUCGUCACUGCAGCUAUAGUGCCAUCUGUGGACCCCCUACCUCUGCAUUGGAAAAGGUGGAUGCCCACUUUGCUCUGCUUUUUGGAGGGAUGAGGGGCAGUGAGCUCACACAAUUUCUCUCUGAAAGCCAGGCCGGCAUGUUGCGUUGAAUAACAUUUGUGACGUCUCAACAAACCAAAUUUAUUCAACAGACAUGCUUUUUACACAAAAUACACCGGAUGAGGAGCACUUAAUAGAAUAAGAUGUAGCUCCCCUCACUCUCUGGUCCAUCAUAUUGGCAAAUAGUUUGAAUUUACUUUAAUGUGUAUGUUGAAAUUAAAAAUUUUAAAGCAAGAGGGAAGCAAGUAAAUAGGAAGUAUACGUUUAGUCCUCAGAUCAAGGUUUCUUGUCCCAUUUGUUUCCCCCUUACAUGUUUGUCUUUUAACUUUUUUCAAUGGAAACCAAUGUGUCCAGUUUGUUUUUUUCCUGAAUGGCAUUAGUAUUGUAGUAGAUUUAAAGGCUAGCUUUUUUUGUAAAGUGUGAAUAAAAGAUGUAUCUCAUGUUUCCUUUCUAAAAAGAUAAUGAAUUGUGUUUUGGUGUGUAAAUCAUGAAUUCUAAGAUAGUGUUAUGUUUGCUACAUUGUUUUUACUUGUACUCAAUAUAUAUAUAUAUAUUGUCCCCAAAAUAAUAUUUGCAUCACAAACCAAAUCCUCAGUAGAAAUGAUGAUGAGACAUUGUCUUGAUUAGAGGAGUUGAAUGAUGCUGAUAUCGCUUCCUAGAAUGAAGGAUUGAGGGCUCAUCAGAGGAAAAGUACCUGCGUCAUCAGUAUUGGUCAAAACGUUCAGCACAGGGAUAUUCAUUAGGAUUUAUUUUUUAUCUUUGGAUUUUGCAACGCACUAGCUGGAGAGUGCUAGUGCCUUAUGUUAGGACAGCGGUACUAGAAGCGGACUGGUUUGAACUGGGUUUGGGACUCUGCUAAUGGAGCGCAACUGGUCCUGUGAUGACUUGAGUACUACUAGUCCAUGUCACUCUGUCCUUGUGCGUCACAUGUUACACUAGCUAGCUACUAUUGACAGUCACUGAUGUGGCUCUUGCGUCUUUUUGGUUGUUGAUUGCCCCCCCCUCCCCCACACAACCCUUUGUGUCGCCUGACGUCUGACUGAAAAUCUUGCGACUCGCAUAGCUGAGUUAAAAGUCACUCUAAGCUCCGUCGAGCGAUCACAUUGUUAGCUUUGUAGUCUCCACUGUUGCAUUGUGUUUACUAGUUGGCUUGUUUAGGUGUAGAGUAAUUUCCCAGGCUGCAUCUCUUUGUAAUGGUGCGCACCAAAGCUGCUUGUAGUCCAGUUCUCUGUUGUAGAGUGUUCUUUCUCCAACCACUCACAUUUUUGUUUUGUUUUAAUCCGAAUCAUAGUCGUCAUGUAAUGUAGGGCUGUAAGGAAAUCAAGGUAUUUUAGUUUGUCCUUGAAUCACAAGAACAAGUUGCAUCCAUAUUUAUACUCUGGUUGGGAUUUGGUUUGUCAAAACAAUAGCUGAAGGCAUCAUUUUUCAAAACAACAUGGCAAUAAUACCCAGAAAGAUUCAGACCCAUACAGAAUGGGCUUUUAAACAUUUCAUCUGGAUAUGUAGCCAUUUCUUUUUUCAAACUGGUGGUGUUUUUGUUUUUGUUUUUGCUUCCAAUCUCGUCUUCAACCUGCUCGACCGGAUUACCUGAACACCUUUCUUUCACUCUUGUAUCAUCCAUCUUGUAUAUUUGCUCCUCUCCUCCCUGCCGAUCUCGUAGUAGUUGUUGAAUGAUCAGGAUUGUCUAUCUGUAGUCAGCUGAGUACAUAUAUUGAUCUGUGUCACUGUGUUUAUGCACUGGACCAACUAUUGUUUACCAUUCAUGAAAUGCCAGCAAAAGAAUAAUGACAAAACACUUGCACAACAUUGUAGAAUGUCCAUUAAUCCAGAUGAAAAAUCAAGGCAGCUGUUUUCAAAUCCACACACUGUUUUAAAAAGAAACUGAAUGGUAAACAAUGCUUUCUGUUGUACCCCUUAGCCGUCCUCUUGAUUCUCUUCGGACUAGUUUUUGUUUUUUCUGUUUGACUACAGGUUCUGCUUGUUUCCUUUACACCUACCUAUGUAUUUUCCUACUUCUGGUUGAAAAUAAAUUCUAUAUUAUCCGUUU